AAUAUAUUUGUAAAUUGUAUUUUCAGUGGUGUUUCACUAUGUAACAUAAAGAGAAUAAUAAGAUCUGCCUUGUUUUUCUUUUUUCAUUUAUUGUUUUAGCGAUGCUCUGGUUUGAGAACAGACCUUCUGUAUGCAGCCCUGAGAAACAUCUGGAGUACUGAAGUCCUGGCCUACAUUUACUUUCAUUGUAAACGAACAGAAGACACAGAAAGUAGGCUACAGAGGGCAGAAAUGAUGGAUCGUCUGCUGAGGAGAUGCCGAAUCAAGAGCAGAUUGUUCAGAGAAUGUCUGGCGGAAUUUUUCGGAGUCUAUAUUUUGAUACUUUUCGGGUGCGGAUCAGUUGCCCAGGUGACGACCUCUCAAAACACUAAGGGUGAAUACCUGUCAAUCAACCUCGGGUUUGCAUUGGGCACCACAUUUGGGAUUUAUGUGGCCAAAGGGGUAUCAGGAGCUCAUCUGAAUCCAGCUGUUUCCCUCACCCUGUGUGUCCUGGGCAGGUUUUCCUGGACUGGUCUUCCAUUCUAUGUGUGCUCACAGCUCUUAGGAGCAUUUUUGGCUGCAGCAACUGUUGCUCUUCAGUACUAUGAUGCCAUAAUGGAUUUUACUGGAGGGCAUCUGACAGUUAGUGGUGCCACUGCCACCGCUGGUAUCUUCUCAACUUAUCCAGCAGACUACCUGAGUCUAUGGGGAGGAGUGGUUGACCAGAUAAUUGGCACAGCUGCUCUGCUAGUGUGUGUUCUUGCAUUGGGAGAUCCUCGUAACACACCAGCUCCUCCCGGGCUGGAGCCUGUCCUGGUGGGAGCAGCUGUCCUGGUGAUCGGCAUCUCCAUGGGGUCUAACAGCGGAUAUGCUAUUAACCCGGCUCGAGACUUCGGCCCGAGACUCUUCUCUUACAUUGCAGGCUGGGGAGAUGAAGUGUUCAGGGCUGGUCAUGGCUGGUGGUGGGUACCUGUGUUUGUAACGUGUGUGGGUGCUCUCCUGGGCGCAUUACUCUAUGAACUGCUGAUUGGAGUUCAUCAUCCAGACUCAGAGCCAGAAGAAGCUGAGGACCUGACAGCUGUGCUCCAGCAAACUGUGGAGCUGGACGGUAUGCAGCCAAAAUUUGACUUCUUUAAAGAAAACGGCAAGGACGGGAUCUUUUCCAUAACCUCAGCAGACACUGGCUGAAGUGAAAAGAACCUGCAAAAUUUCAAUUGUUAAAAUUAUUUUGCUAAAUACAUUUAAUUUAAGGAUUAUUGUGUUUAUGAUAUUAAAAGAAAUAAUAUGAAAAAGUUAUAUGUUGUAUAUAAACUGGGUGAGCUUAUUUUUUAUUUUAUUUUAUUCGGUUUGUUAAUGAUCAAAUAUAAAAUGAUAUAUAUAUCAUUGACUUUGUAAAACCUUAAAGGAUAUGUCUUAAAAUAAAUUUCGGUUUAAAUAAUGUAGCACAAUAUCUACAUGAUAUACUGUCUUGCCUACUGUUGAUUUACUGCUAAACAAAUUCAACAGAAAUAUAGAAAUUUAUAUUCAUAUUUUGUUAGCAAAAAUCAUGUACUGAAUACUGUAAUGAAGUUGUAAGACCUUAUAAUAUUGUUUUGUUUGUUAACAUUAAGAUGAAUAAUUUCAACAAUUUGUUUCAAUAAGUUUUGUGAACUAACCUGAACGAAAAACAAUUGUUUUUAUAAAUACUGACAUUAACAAACAUUAAUAAAUCCUGGAAAAAUA